AUGGAGAUUUCUGAAGAGGAAGCAAUCAAAAAUUUGAAUGAUGUUAGUAAUCUUUGGUUCAGCAGCGAUUGUGUUGAUAUUAAUCUCAAAAGUUUAUCUAACAAUCUAGCAAGUAUGUCAGAAGAAACAAAUUACAGCAGGGCAAAAUGUCUUAAAUAUUAGGGAAGAAAAUCACAAGAAUUAAAACGCCCGAUGAGUCAAUAAAGGUAGUCUAGUGCUAUCUGCCAAAGAAAAAGACACUCCUUUUCAAUUUACUAAGAUAAUUCUUUUCUUUACGAUUUUUAGAAUAGUAAUCAGAAGAAUUUUAGUAAGCCAGCAAGCACAAAUGAAAUUUUGAAUUACUCUUAAUCGCAAUUUUAGAACUCGAUAGAGCACAGUAGUCGCUCAUCAUAUUACGUGGAUUCUGGUUCUUAAUAAUAUAACAAAUUCUUAAAAAACAGUUUUUCGAAAGCUAAUGAAUUCUUAGGUAAUUUGACAGGUACAGGAACUUAGCAAACAAAGAGAGAAUAAUUAGAAAACUACUAAAAAAUAUUAGAAAAAGAUAGGCAAAGUAAAGAAUAAUAACAAUAAUAAUAGUAAUUGAUUGUUUAUGGUAACAGCAAUAAUUGUGAAAAUAGUUAUUAAGAAAGUGAAGGUAGAGUGGUUCUAUCAUGCAUAAAAAAUAAAAACAAAGAAAAAAAAAGCUUAGAUCAAUAAUAAAGAUAGCUCCAAUGUAGAACAUCAGUUAAUAUAAGUCAAAACAAUAGUAAUAGUGAUAUAAGCAAUAAUAUUUUAAAUACAAACUAAGCAAGUAAAAAUGACAUAUUUUAUAGCUCAUAGACUAAUUUUAAUUCUCAAAAAAAAUAAUAAACUGCCACUUAAAAUAGUUUCAGGCCUUCAAAGAAUUCAUCUCACUACUUCUAAAAAGUUUUAGAUAAGUAGUAAAACUAAAAAAAUUAAUGCACUCCACAAAACUAACUACAAAUAAACUAAAAAGAGAAUUUGAAUCAAUCGUUUGUUUAGUCUAAUAACCAAAAAGAUGAAAACAAUAUCAAUAAUAAUAAGCCAUAACUGACUUCAUAUAAAGCUAAUGAAUUUAUAGAAAACUGCCCUUAAUUUUUAGUAAAAUUGAAAAGUAGAUUCUCUCGAGCCCCUAGCUUUUACCGUAAAAACACUCCUAUAAAAAACUCAAUUAGCUAACAAAAUAAUAAUAUUAGUAUUAAUCCUUCAAGAAAAGAUUUACUUGUUGGGAAUGUCCUUAAUCCUAAGAACAUCUACAACUAAAAUAAUACCUAAAAUUAAAAUUAAGAUUAAUAACAUUUGUAAAAUAGCUUCUAUUCUUCUAACCCUACUCUUUCAUUUUUAUAAAUUAUACCCACACAAAUAAACAACUCUAACCAGAAUAAAAAUAGCACUAACAAAGUAUGGGUUAAAGGGAAUUGA